CACACACAAUUGGGCGAUGAAAAGCACGUGCUCUCUCCCUCUCCUAAUAAAAACACACACUCCCCUAAUUCAUUUCCCUCCUCACUUUCUAUCCUUCACUUUUUCUCUCUAAAACCGUCUGCUCCUCUGGGGUCAUGUUGAUUCUCUCUGCUGCUUCUUCUUCUGCACGCAUUUCGAGGCCGCCCUUAUCUUCAUUUUCAACUUUUGCUGCUUCUGCAGCUACUACUUCGAGGCUAUUUCCGAUUUCAUGCUUUGGCGUGAAGUCGACCACUGUUGGGAAUCGGAAAUUACAGUGUGCAGUUUUUUGUGCUUCUUUGAAGGUACGUGGAAUGGCGGAAAUGAUUGAAGAUAACAAGGAGUUGAAUUCAAGUACAGCUGCUGCUGCCGCCGCAAUAGCUGUUACUGCUUCUGAGAACGAUGAGCUUCCGCACUCCCGUGCCUUCCUUGACGCUCGCACUGGAGAAGACUUGUUAUCUGCUGUUCGAAAGGCUGUGGAAGAUGAAAAACUGCCACUUAAUAUUGCUGAAGGAAUGGAGGAGCUGUAUCAGAACUAUCGGAAUGCAGUUUUACAAAGUGGAGUCCCCAAAGCAGAUGAGAUCAUCCUGUAUAACAUGGCUCUUGUAUUGGAUCGUGUUUUUGUGGAUGUGAAGGAUCCUUUUGAGUUCUCGCCGUAUCACAAGGCCAUCCGUGAACCUUUUGACUAUUACAAGUUUGGUCAAAAUUACAUCCGCCAGUUAGUUGAUUUCAGGAGUUCUUAUGUUGGGAAUAUCUCAGUUUUUGGUGAAAUGGAAGAGAAGCUUAAACAGGGUGAUAAUGUUGUCUUGAUGUCCAACCACCAAAGUGAAGCCGAUCCUGCGAUUAUUGCGCUCUUGCUUGAAUUAAAGCACCCAGAUAUUGCUGAGAACAUUAUCUAUGUUGCGGGUGAUAGAGUUAUUACUGAUCCUCUUUGCAAGCCAUUCAGCAUGGGAAGGAAUCUCCUUUGUGUGUAUUCAAAAAAGCAUAUGAAUGAUGACCCCGAACUUGCUGAUAUGAAAAAGAGAGCAAACACAAGAAGCUUGAAGGAGAUGGCUAUGCUAUUGAGGGGUGGAUCAAAACUAAUAUGGAUUGCUCCUAGCGGUGGAAGAGAUAGGCCAGACCCUGUUACAAAAGAAUGGUCUCCGGCACCAUUUGAUGCUUCUGCGACAGACAACAUGAGGAGGCUUGUAGAACAUGCUGGUGUCCCUGGUCACAUCUAUCCUCUAGCAAUAUUAUGCUAUGAUAUUAUGCCCCCUCCGGCCCAGGUUGAGAAAAAUAUUGGAGAGAAAAGAGUUGUAUCUUUUCAUGGAGCUGGAAUAUCCGUGGCACCCAAAAUUGAUUUUCGUGAGGUUGCUGGUACUUUGGAGGACCCUGAGGCUAAGAUGGUGUAUACAAAGGCACUUUAUGAUUCUGUAAGCCAGCAGUACAACGUGCUAAAUUCUGCUAUACAUGGCAAACAAGGACUGGAGGCAUCAAUACCUAGCGUUUCAUUAUCACAACCAUGGCAGUAGCUUCAGUUCCAACUUUAUUUUUCAUACCUUGCUGCUGUAGUCAGUUUGCAGAUGUUUGUUUGGCAGUUAUAAAUGAAAUCACAAGGAUAACACUCUCAAUCUAUCCAACGCUUGCAUAUGGUGGUCUAUGCAGAAAGUAGUCCAGUUGAUACAAACAAGUAAUUCUCAAAGUUACAGCAAACAUAAAGCAAAGGAAUUUUUUGGCAGGGCUUAGAUAAUUCUUUUGACACGAGUGUACAGUUGCUUUACCUUGUAUUACCAAAUGUUGGCUCUAAAUCUGUUAGUAAUGAUAGCUUUCAAGCACUGUAGUUCUGACUUUCAAAUGUACGUAGCUAUCCUAGAUUGCUCAUUUUGCCUUUGAAGCGGUAAUCCAAUUUGUUCGGAGCAUAAUAAAUGAUGCUCUGCGACAGUUCCGUCUGUGUUGUAGUUUCUAUGAUGAUGAGAUGCUUUGAUGCAACAUUUUACAUUGUAUUGUGUCAAAUACAGGCAGAUUUAGUUUC